UGCUCCUUUUUUCUUUAAGUCUACAAGAUUUAGUAUUUUAGUUGCAUAUAUAUACAUAUAUAUAAAUAUUUACUAAAAAGUGACUUUACCCAAAAGUCACUAAAGUCCCUAUAAAUAAGGAAACCAAGAGGGUUGGAUUCAUCAACCAAAUCUGAGAGGCAGAGAAGUGGAGAAGAGAAAGAUGAGUUCAAGAAGCAGAGCAUGGACAGGAGCAGGCAGUUGUGGAGCUGUGGAAGCCAUGAAAGGCCAAGGAUUUUACAGGUGGAAUUCAAGCUUUUGGUCUAAUUACAAGCUCUCUUCUUCAUCAUCUGCUGCAAUGGUAUCAAGUCAAGUUAGGGAAGAGGAGAAAGUCAAGAAUUCAGAGGAUACCCUUAGGACAGUCAUGUACUUGAGUUGCUGGGGUCCAAAUUGAAUUACCCAAUUCAUCUGAUUGACCUGAAGUUUCUCCAUUUUAUGGCAUGUUUCUCAUGAAAAAGGAAAUCUGGUGAAGCCAAGGAGAAGCUAUAAAGCUUGGAGCUUGAUUCUUGUAUAUUGAUUUUAUGAUGUGAAUUGAAAAUUCUAACCAGCAAAUUAACAUUAUCAAUCUUAUUAAAA